GGAAUCAAUGGCCUUCGCCUCUCAUUUCGUCUCUUCAAACCUACUUCUUCUGCUCCUUCCUUUCCUAUCGCCUCCAUCCAAAUCCAUUUACACCUCAACAGAUUCAAUAAUCCGUUAAUUCUUCCUUCCCACACCGCACAGAGCUCGCGCCGCCACCUCUACGGCGGCCCGAGGCGGUUCCCCACCCACCUCCCGCCGCGGCCGCCGCCAACACCACGCUAGAAAUAGCUAAUCGAUCGGUUUUAGUAAAUUUUUCGAAUUUCUGAAAACUUUUUCCUGAUUCUCAUACCUACAUUCGGCGUUUUCGUUCUGGAAUGGGAGAUCCGCGAAACUCAUACGACUACUGCGCAGCAGCCGAGCCGCCUCCGUCGUCCGCGUCGUCGUCGUCCCAGUCGUACGUCUCCGAGGGCGAGGACGCGCCGCCGCUGUGGACGAAGAAGCGCACGCUGACGAAGCAGCUGUCGAUGCGCGAGGUGCCGCGCAACAUCGCGUGGGAGCGGCGGCGGCGGCAGGUCCAGCAGCAGGAGCGGCGGAAGAGCGAGGAGGAUCUGACGGACGAGGAUCUGAACGAGCUCAAGGGCUGCAUCGAGCUCGGGUUCGGGUUCAACGCGGAGGAAGGGCAGAGGCUGUGCACCACCAUCCCCGCGCUCGAUCUGUACUUCGCCGUGAACCGCCAGUUUCUGACGAGCCCCCUCACCAGCCCCGGCAGCACCGCCCCCACGCGGCCGCCCCCCGCUCCGGCCCCCGCCCCCGCCCCCGCGCCUCUGCCGCCCACCACAUUAAGCAUCCGAUCAUGCUCUUUCGGAGAUUCCGAUUCCUGGAAGAUUUUGAACAAAGGCGAUGAUCCCCAACAAGUGAAGACGAAGUUGAGGCAUUGGGCACAAGCGGUAGCAUGUUCAGUAAUGCAGUCCCCUGUCCCCCAUUAGAGGCGGUGGCAUGGAUUAGACUAGCUAGGCAUAGACAGAGGCGAUGGCAGGCUUAAUCCUCCUCCGCCGCCGCCGCCGCCGUGGUUCCGGUGCCACUCAUCAACUCGGAAUUUUAGGGAUUCAUCAGCCUACAAGCUCGAUCGCCAUUAACGCUAGAGAUUCGAGAUAGUAAGUAUUUCCUUGAACAUGCUAGAAUUUGAUUUUCUUUUUUUUAUUUCGAUUUUACAGAUAGACGAAAAUGUUCAUACACAAGUUUAUAGUCUCGAUCGAUUUGUUUUUCGAAUACUUGAAAUUACUUGUAUUUGGAUUCAAAUCGGAAUCCUGCAAUGUAUUUAUAAUUUUAUUAAUGUUUUAAUCCAUAUAUGAAUAUUGAUCUAACAAUUCACAAAA